AUGAACAUCCUACGGAUUAGACUACUAACAAUUCAUAUUUACAAAUGUUGGAAGAAUAAUAGAAGUGUAUCAAAGGUAUUAGCAGAUUUUGCUGUGAGUGCUCUCCCUUUCUUAUUAUGGUUGAUUCUAUUCAAUUCUGUCAAUAUGAUUCCUAACAAUGUUAAACCUAGGAUAAAUGUUAGGCUUUUACUAAGGUUGGAUGAUUAUAUUUUCAAUAACUUCAUGGGUAUAAUAUCGUGCAUUAUAUUAACAAAUUUGAUAUCAUUAGGGUUAUUUAACAAGUUUUAUAAAGAGACAUUUAGCUCAAUAGAUUAUACGAAAUUUAACUUACCAUUAACCAUCGUGCCUAAAAGACUGAGAAAAUACACAAGAUCUUCAACCAAAGUUGCAGGUGAUUUAUUACUUCAUAAUCUACCUUUAAUAUUCAUUUCAUUUAGUUGGUUCAUACUCAAAAUCGUAUUCUCCUUUAAAGAACCUAUAACUAAAUUCAAAAAUUUAUUAGCAUUAAUUUUUUUUAUAAUGGGACAUUUCCUCAUCUUACCCAUAACAAUUUACUAUUUAUAUUUAUUCCAAUACCCUGGUGUAUUGAAAAGAUUCAUUAUCAUUUUAGGGUUACAAAAUUUAAUCAUUGUUUUGAUUCAUAUAUUUUUCCCUAAUGUACCACCAAUUUACAUACAAUAUUAUGGUGAGAACAAAAUCCCCAGUUAUGAAAGUCCUGGGUAUAGUGAAGGAUUAACAAGAAUAGAUAUUAAUCCUUUUGUACAAUAUAUUAUACUUUAUGUCAAAUCAAUAGAAUUUGGAAUCUUACCCUCAUUACAUUCAUCCAUUUCUUUAUUGAUAACUUUUUUUUUAUGUUAUUUGAUCAAAUCCAUCAUGGUAAGAGUAGGAAUAGUGAUUUAUUUACUAUUACAAAUUUGGUCAAGUCUUUAUUUAGAUCAUCAUUGGAAAUUUGAUAUUCUUGUUCUGAUAAUAUUUUCAAGUGGUUUCUUCCUAUUAAUAAAGUCUGAUCUAGAUAAUUUGAAGACGAACUUUUUACAUAAUUAUAAACUCAACUAUAAUGGGUCCACCAUGGGUAUGAGACUAUUCAAAGGCACAAAAUUCGAAAGCCUCUUCAAUCCUUUAUAG